AACAUGAAGAGUUGAACAUAAACAUGAUUUUGUACACAAAUGAUUACAUCACAAUUUAUUAAAAAAUUCACACACUGAUAAGAUUUUCCAAAACAAGAAACUGUUACAUUUAAAUUGGAGUAAAAUGCCAGUGGAAAAGAUGGAAAGCUGCCCUUUUGGUGGGAAAAUAUUUCAGCAUAUUGUUUCCUCUCCUAUCGGUGAUAUUGAAAUAAUUUCUUGUAAAAAUGGAUUGCAUUCUGUUUUCCAGUGUGAAGUCGAUGACAGUAAUUUCUCUCCUGAUAUAAAAAGGCCAAUUGUGAUUAAGUCAGAUCGAGAAGUGAAUCUAAAAGUUAAGGAUUUUGAUGCAGCUAACAGCUGUUAUUUAUGGUUGAAAGACUAUUUUACUCAAAAAAUUGCAAGCACAAAUAUCCCAAAGAUAUGUAAUUCUGUUAUGAAAUCAGAUACAUUUUCUGGCAAAGCAUUACAGCUGCUUCCUUCAUCUGCUCCAUUUGGCACCACCAUCACAUAUAAAGACUUAGCACAGCUGUGUGGCAAUGCCAAAGCCAGCAGAGCUGCAGGACAGGCUAUGUCCACAAACCCUAUUUCAUUGUUAAUUCCAUGCCAUCGAGUCAUCAGUUCUAAUGGAAAUCCAGGAAACUAUGCACAUGGGAAGAAAAACAAGAUCAAGUGCUGGCUUCUCAGUUUUGAAAAAACCACUUGAAAUUUGACCAUGAAAAUUCUAUUUUGUUGCUUAACAUUUUUAAAAAUGUAAUUAAAAAUAUACCUCACCA